AUGCCGGGGACGGAGGGCGUCGCUGCGUCUUCUUCGCCGUGGGCCGGGUCGCCUCGCGUGGCACCGCUAUUGCCAGUUCAUGCCGCCAACAUCACACUGAUGGCGGAGGAGCAAUUCUUCACCAGUGCCAUUUCCUUGGCGCUUCCGUGGCUCCAGAAGGCUGCACUGAAUAUAACGUUCCCUCCACAGAAAACAUCCAAGUCCAGCAUUGAUGCCAUUCACAUCGAUGGUUUUUCGCCGGGGGGCGCCUCCUUCACGAUGACGAGUCCCAAUCAACUCAAUUUAUUGCUGCAGAACUUGAGCAUUACCGUCCGUGAAACCCCGUUUUCCGUCAAUACUUGGUUUUCUGAGUGCAACGGCAUGAUAUGGGCUUUUGUUGAUGCAACUAACGCGACGCUUUCAGUGAAUGUCUCCCGCCUGUCGAACGGCACACUUCGAUUGAAGACCGCGGCAAUCACUAUUGAAUGGAAUAAGGUGGAGGUCGAACACAUUUUUUCACCCCUCUAUGCAAGUUGCUCGGAGAACGCACGUUCGUGA